AUGAGUCCUGGGAUCUGGGGUAUCGGCUUGACCUACCCUCCUGCCACCGUCCUUUGUGUUAUCAAUGGUCUUAGCCGUCAGAGUAGCGAGGCUCGCAACCUGUACUUCGCCGGCGCGCUGUUCAGUAUCGCUCACUUUUGCUGGGGGCCGACCAUGUUUGCUAUCCUUGGCCGCAUUGGCGAUGUCAAGACCGCCGGAGUCAGAAAUGAGGACGCACUCCAGGAAUGGCUGCCCAAACACCGCGCACGAACACUGUUGGUGAAUGUUCCAGCCUUUCUUUGCAUCUUGGCCGCCACCUUGGUCACUGUCACCGAGGGGCUUUCGUGA